AUGAGUGAUGAAAAUGUUUCCAAGACACAAACAGGUUAUGAAUCAGACUCUCAGUCAGGUCUCAGUGGUAAAGAAAAGGAUCACUCAGCAAAUGUGGGUCUCUUGGAUCACUUUAUGAAAAUCUUUUUAUAUUGCAGGAGAGCAAUGGUUCUUGCUCAUCGUGGUGGCUAUUGGACUCUGCUUCAGAACUGCUGUCGGGCUCUUUGGAACUUUACUCAGGAGCUACAAAUGCUUCAAAAACAAGCAGUGGAUCUGUAUAAAACAUUUCCUAUUAGCCAGGAUGGUUUCCUCUGUACCUCUGUUUUACCAUUCUAUUUGGGAGCAGAAUUACUUAUUGACAUGUUAAUAGAACUACAAAAUAUCAGUUCUGUUAAGACUGUUGAAGAAGGAGAGUUCAGUGUUCCAAGUUGCUAUGGAAAUAUUGAAAAUGAUAACGGUGGUUCUAGCCUUACCUUUGAGCAUCCUCUGGAUGAUGUCAAUGUGGUUGAUUUGAAAUGGAUCCACGACUUUGUAUUAAAAUCUCUGGAACUUGUAUAUCAAGUAGAAAAAUGGGAAACACUUGUAUCACUUGCCAUUCAGUUCAAUACAAUUUCGCAUGAGAGAUAUACAGAGCAAGUGACGCCACUCCUGGUGUAUGCACAGCGCCAGCUGCUUCUACGAAUAUCCAAGUGCAAGGGCCCAGAUAUUACCCAACAGCCUUGCGUAAGAUAUGAGGCUGAAUAUGGACAGAAGAUAACCUGCCGAAAUUUCAUUGGGAAACAGCUCAAGAUUAAUCCUCUAACCAAUAAAGUGACAACUAUAGGACACGGGACAGAUUUCCUUAAAAAUCUUAUCUAUUCAGAAUACAGCAAAGCCAAAGAGCUCCUCUGUGUGCCUGUGGACGUGACAGACACAUUGAGAUGUUUUAGAGAGACCUUGGAAAAAUCCAAAUAUCACAACAGAUCAAUCCGACACAGCAGAAAGUUGCUUUCGUUAUUUCUUGCCCAGACACAAGAUGUUCUGCAAACCAGCAAGGAAAGAAGUCUUAAUGUUCAGGCAUUGCAUGAACUUGGAAGUCUUCUUGUCUUCGCACAAAAGAAAAGGGCUGCUUUUAAAUGUUGGAGUCAAGCUCUUGAUGACAUAUUCAGAAAACAAGACGUGCUCCAUACAUGGAAGGAGUAUGGCAGCUCACUCACCAAUGCCACUGACAGCUGUUCACCUCCAGGUUCCAAAGACUACAGUGAGGAGUUUCUGUCAAAAGUUGGCAUUUGGGGAUGUUUGCAAGGGGCGGUGAUAUCAGCGAAGAUAGCACAAUUUAUUCAGACAUUGGACGUUGAAAAGAGAACCAACUGUUGCCUUUUGUCCGGGUUACUCUUUCAGGGUUUGCUUAGAACCACACUUCUACACCCUAAAGCUGAACGUUGCUAUGCUCAGUAUGAAAUCACUCAGCUUCUUCCUGGCAUCGAGCUCUUCUCGGACAGAUACCGAGCUGACAUCUGCUCUGUAGUUGCAAGUCUAUAUUACGUAAUCCGCGAACUGCACUUUGCUAAGCAAAAUCUAAUAAUUCUGCCUCUUCUUGCAUUGUACCAAUAUUUUGUUUCUGGAAUUUGCCAAGACCUAGUCAGAAAUCUAGAAGCAAGAAUCCUCAAGAUAGAAGCCCUUAUAGAUUUAGGAUUCUUUUCCGAAGCCUUUCAUGAGAUAUCCCAGAUUUUUUAUGGAAAAAACAUGCCUUCUUCAGUACCCGCUGGCUGUAAAGCUACUGGAAGAAUGAAGCUAUUUCAAUCAUUUGACUCGGGACAACCUCUUACUAGUGAAGAAAAUAUGCAGGCACUUGAUGAUUUAAUAAACAAAGGCUUGCCUCUACUUCUGGUUACAGUCGGUCAGCAACAUCUCUUAAAUAAGUUUGCCUUUGUUAAAGCAUACUUUUUAGUAAAUGUGGCUGCAACAAUAAAUUGUGUCCCAGAACAUAAAAUGAAACCAGUCUGCCAUGGACUUAUUAAUGAGAAAAACAGACCAAACUUCCCAAACUUGAAAGAGGUGUGUUUAAAGGAUGAGGGAGGCUUACUUUGUCAGCUUACAAAAAUGAAAGAGGACUUCGCACUUAGCACACUAAAGUCAAUUUUACUGACAGAAGCUGAAGACAGGCUCAACUUCCUUGUGUCAGAGAUGGAGCAUCCAGGCCAUAAGAACCUCUCUCAGUGUUCGGCUGGCGAGCUAGAGAUUGUGGUGGAGGUCAGGCUGCAGCUGGCUGCAGUCGCCCUGCAGAGACACCAGGCAGCAUACAGUGCUGCAAUAGUAUUUUCCACACUUAAACUUCUCCAGGACUCAAAACUUUUUAAAAAGAAGGUAGUAGAAGGUGACACAGAGAAUUCCAUCUCUCCAGGAGAUUAUGCCACUGAAAGUAAAGAUGAUAAUGAGUUUUUAGAUCCCAUUUCCCUAAAUUCUCGAGAAUAUUUCAACAUUCAUCUGUGGUUGAGGUGCCGCUUAGCAUUGGUGACUGCGUUUGUUGCCCAGAUUCGUGGCAUUGGAAUCAUGAAAGAAAACGAUAUAACAGAUUGUGUGAGCCUCAUCAAUGAAGUGUGUGUGGAAGCAAAAAGUGCAGGCGACAGGGAGCUACAGGCUGAAUUCUUGAUGCAAGCUGUAAUCAUUGGCCUACAAGAAAAGCACUUAAAAGCAGACAUCAUAAAAAACCUUCAGGAUGUAAUACAGUUGCUUGAAGGACGUGAGUUUAUUUCUCCUCGAUCUCAUUUAACACUGGUGAGAAGCAUGCUUUUACUGGAUGACUUAACAAAAGCCGAGAAAUUCAAGGAAACUCCCUCUUCGAAAACAGAAAAAUUAUAUUUGUUGACUCAGUCUCACAACAUUCUUAUUGAACAGAUGCUAACUUUUGGAGAAACAAUUGAAUUUCCUAUAUCAAACACUGACUAUGCAAGUCCAUUACUGCCUUUGAAAAAUAUCUAUCUUCCUCAUGUCAUGUUAUUGGCCAAAACAAAAAUGAGAAUUGGACAUACAGUGGCCAAGCAAGUAUAUUAUACCAGUAAAAAGAAGGAUCCCUCAAAGUGGUUACCUGCCCUUCAUCUUUUUGAAAUAGCUUUGAAGCUCGUCAAGACAUCAGGAACAGAAGAACAAGAGGUGGAAGCUGAAAUCUUUUUUCAGAAAGGCAAAAUAGAAUGUCAAAUAUUGGUGGAAGAGAAAUCUCCAACUUUGCAACUUGAGAGUCUAUUUGAAGCUAUACAGCUAAGCUUGAGACAUGAUCAAAACUCAGGGUUGAUAAGAGACUCCUACCUCGAAAUAGCCCUAUUAUUUUUGCACAUGAGGAAGCCAAAGAGCAAACUUUCAGCAUCACCAUUAACACUUAUUAAGGCUCUUCCCAGAAGGUAUAGUUCUAUUAAAGAACCAACAGUAAAUAAAUCUGAAAUGCACAGUUUAUUUGCCUGGAUUGCAAUAAGAGCUGCUGCACAGGUCAGUGAGGCUGUGCUGGCAAUCAACCUACUUAUCGGAAAGACAAAUGCUAGAACUGAUAAAGUUAGUCAACGGGCAUUACCGAAUAUCCCAGAAUUUGCCACCGUGGAUCUUUUGUCUUCAUACACAGAUUAUUUGCUUGGUAUGUUUGAAUAUAACUACCAAGUUGCCUUCCAGACUGCCUGUACAUUCUCUUACCCUAGUGAUGAGAUAUAUGAGAAUGUAGAUACUGGGAAAAAAACCCCAAUUAAAGGGGAUAUUACAUGGAUUCUUCUACUGCGCUAUUAUAUUCACCUGCAAAGAAUCAAUAAUAUGAGCAAACUGCUAGCAUCUCUGAAGCCAGGAUCUGGAAUGUCUUUGCCAGAUGACACACUUCUCACUUCUCUUUUCAACUCUGGAUUGAUUUUGCGCCAAAAAGAAAUGCAUUUUUUCCUUAAAAGGUUCUUGCAGCUAUAUUCUUCUUCUUGUAUUGAUGAAUUUCCAAAAGAACUAUUUCAAGUCAUAGAAAAUCCAUCUUUUCCAGAAAAAUUCUUAUAUGACUCAUCAAGCAAG